AGCAAAGUGAUCGCCUUCAAAAGGCUAGGGAAUCACAACUACACAUAUAUUUUUUUUUUCUAGAAAGUCACACAAUUUUUAAAUUUGUUUUUUCUACAUUGUUAGUUUUGUAGAUCAUUCUUUGUCUUACGAUUUCUUGAGGGACACUAUGCUCUUAGCCCAUCGGCUGCAGCCACACCCCCUGAAGGCGAUGCGGGUAUGUUUCCUGCGAAACGGCGACCCGUACUUCAAGGGCAUCACCAUGGCCGUCUCUCGGACCCAUUUCAAGGACUUCGAGGCACUGCUGCAAGGGGUCACCGAGGCGUUGAGUCGCCACGUUGUCCUUCCAUCGGCCAUCGCGAAAAUCGUUGGCGCCCAAGGGUCGCCCAUGACCUCUCUGGGUUGCUUCGUCGAAGGCGAUACCGUGAUCUGCUGCUGCAAGUACGAGGAGUUGGUGUGGGUUAAGUAUGGCAUCAACAAGGAAUUCCAGCGCCUGCUGGCCUCGCUCAGACGUUGGCAAGAUCGUCGGGUCGUCGGCGAUAGCCUUGAGCACAUAAUGCCCAACGAGCUGCCCGAUGCGAUCCAGUUGUACGUCAGCCAACUGGAGCCGGUGGUGCAACACGCCAGGACACUCAUCCUUCGUGGACAGAUGCAGAAGAGCGGGACGCAGUGCAUCGUGAAGAUGGUGAGCAAGCAGUACAUGGACUGCACCUUUGGAGAUCCGUACAUAGAGCCCGAGGUGCUGCGCCACUUGCAGUCGCAUCCCAACAUAAUUGAGCUGAUGUACUCGGUGGAAGAGCCGCGCUACCUGUACUUGGUGCUGGAAUACCUCGACGGCGAUCUCAAGGACGUGGUCUUCAAGAGCGGACCCAUUUCGGAGGCGAAUGCCAGGUCGGUGGUGAGGGGCACGUUGGCCGGACUGGCGCAUAUGCACCGGCUGCAGCUGGUCCACCGGGACAUUAAGCCCGAGAACCUGCUGCUGCGCUUUUCAUCCGAAUCGGGCGAGCUCAACAUGGUCAAAAUAACCGACUUUGGCAUGACUGCCUACUAUCGAGGCAGCAAGUUGUACUGCUGCUGUGGCACGCCCAGCUUCAUGGCGCCGGAGGUGAUCGCCGAAGCGGGGUACGACUACCAGGUGGACUGCUGGUCGCUGGGCGUCACGCUCUUCUACAUUCUGUACGGAGUGCUGCCCUUCGGCAAUCUCCAUACAGUUGUGGUGGAUGUGUUUGCGGCCAUCAUGAGUCGAGAGCCCAAAUGUCCAGAGGGCAUGGAAGGUGUCCUGAGCUCGGAGGCCAGGCAGCUGAUCGAUGGACUGCUGCAGAGGAACCCCAGCAAAAGGCUCACAGUCGCAGAGGCCGCUGUGCAUCAGUUUUUGCAGUCUUAAAUUUUGAAGUAUUAUUUAAGGCUAUCAAGUAGUAAUAGAAUAGAUUUCACAUCA